CCCGGCCCUGGAAGUUAGUUUCGCGACGGGAACGAAAAAUGGUUUCAUAGCCGGCCAAAACUACUGCGCCUGCGCGCUCUAGUUCUUGCGCGAAAUCGUCGCCGCCCAGAAAUUUGUCCCAGAUGGCUUGCCAUCCGUUUCCAAGGCAACCCGGGAGUCUCCUGGCAACGGCGCGCGGCCUGCGCCGGUCUCCUGGUCCAGUCGUGCCAUGGCUGCUGCAAGUCCCAGCGUCUUCCUGCUCAUGGUCAACGGGCAGGUGGAGAGCGCCCAGUUUCCAGAGUAUGAUGACCUCUACUGCAAGUACUGCUUUGUGUAUGGCCAGGACUGGGCCCCCACGGCGGGUCUGGAGGAGGGGAUCUCACAGAUCGCAUCCAAGAGCCAAGAUGUACGGCAAGCACUGGUGUGGAACUUCCCCAUCGAUGUCACCUUUAAAAGUACCAACCCCUAUGGCUAUCGUGCUCAGUGUUUAUGGACCAGACGUGUUUGGGAAUGAUGUGGUCCGAGGCUAUGGAGCGGUGCAUGUACCCUUCUCUCCUGGACGGCACAAGAGGACCAUCCCCAUGUUUGUGCCAGAGUCUACAUCUACACUGCAGAAGUUCACAAGCUGGUUCAUGGGACGGCGGCCUGAGUAUACAGACCCCAAGGUGGUGGCCCAGGGUGAAGGCCGGGAAGUGACCCGUGUCCGCUCUCAGGGAUUUGUCACCCUCCUCUUCAAUGUGGUGACCAAGGACAUGAAGAAGCUGGGCUAUGACACUGGGCCUGUGGACACACAAGGAGUCCUGGGUCCCAGCCUGCCACAGGUCAACCCACAAUGAAAGUAUCAGCCUUUCUGCCUGCCACUGGGCCCCAGGUGCCCCACAACCCACACACAAUCAAGGACUCAAGCAGCCUGGCUGGGAAAUGAGAGAGCUGAAGGUAGUUUUAUAUAAUAAAGCAUCAACAUCUUUUUCAGAAA